GUGGAGACGGAGCAGCCCUUAGGUUUUUUAUGUGCUUAAAAAGCUGUCUGCGGUGGAGCUGGCUGGCAGGCAGGGAUCCCGGGGAGGCGAUGGAUGGAGAUGGGUGCCCUGGGACUUGGUGGAGGUGGGAACUCUUCUAACAGUCCGUUGUCGUCUUCUGAGAGCCCCAGCGUUGCUGCAAGGUCUUCCUUGCCACUCUUCAGCGGAGAGCUCUAGAGAAAACAGAGCACCAUGUACACCUUCCUGCCCGAGAACUUCACGCCGGUGAAGCAGAAGCCCUCCAAGGAGCUGAGGCCCAUGCUCAGCGCCAUCUUGCUGGGCCUCAUCCUGUUCAUUGCCGCGGUGGUGGCCUGGUGCUACUACACCAUGUCCCUGCGGAAGGCGGAGCGGCUCAAGACGGAGCUGAUGGACCUGCGGGCGGACGGCUUUGUCAUCAGGAACCAGCAUGGGGAGGUGGUCUUCCGUCUGGCCUUCCGCUCGGGCAGCCUCGACCUGGAGUCAUGCUCCAAGGAGGGUGAGAUUUUGAGCUGCACGCGGUCGGGCCGGGGGCCGCUCAACUUCUUCAUCCAGACGGUGAAGCCCAAGGACACGGUGAUGUGCUACCGCGUGCGCUGGGAAGAGCUGGCGCCCGGCCCAGCGGUGGAGCACACCAUGUUCUGGGAGGACGCCCACUGGUACGGGGGCUCGGAGAUGAGCACCCAGCACUGGCCCAUCCGCCUGGCCGGCUACCAGGAGCCCGUGCCCUAUGUGACAAGCGACGUCUACUCCUUCCGCGACAGCUUUGGUGGCAUCCUUGAGCGCUACUGGCUCUCCUCCAAGGCGGCGGCCAUCAAGAUCAAUGACUCGGUGCCCUUCCACCUGGGCUUCAACGCCACCGAGCGUGCCCUCUUCUUCCAGGCCCGCUACAAGGACUCACCCUACAAGCCCCCACCGGGGCAGCAGCCCUUCCCCGAGCUCAGCUACCGCGUCUGCGUGGGCUCCGACGUCACCUCCAUCCACAAGUACAUGGUGCGCAGGUACUUCAACAAGCCCUCCAAGAUCCCCGCCGAGAACGCCUUCCGAUACCCCAUCUGGUCCACCUGGGCCCUCUACAAGAAUGAUAUUGACCAGGACAAACUCUUGCGAUUUGCUGAAAAGAUCAAGAAGUACCGAUUUAACUGCAGCCACAUUGAAAUUGAUGACAUGUACACGCAAGCCUAUGGGGACUUUGACUUUGACCCUGUCAAGUUUCCCAACGUAACGGAGAUGUUUGCAAAACUGAGGGAAGAUGGGUUCAAGGUCACACUGUGGACUCACCCUUUCAUAAACUACAAUUCCUCCAAUUUUGGAGUGGGGAUUGAGCGUCAGCUGUUCAUUAAGGAGCCAUCAGGGCGACUGCCUGCGAUGGUGGAAUGGUGGAAUGGCAUUGGGGCCAUCCUGGACUUCACCAACCCAGCAGCCCGGGACUGGUUCCAGAGCCACCUGCGCCAGCUCCGACACAAGUACGGCAUCUCAUCCUUCAAGUUCGAUGCGGGUGAGACCAGCUACCUGCCCAAGCAGUUCAGCACCUUCCGCCCACUCUCAGACCCCAGCAUCUGGUCACGGCGCUACACAGAGAUGGCCAUCCCCUUCUACGAGCUGGCUGAGGUGCGCGUGGGCUACCAGUCCCAGAACAUCUCCUGCUUCUUCCGUAUCAUUGACCGCGACUCCGUCUGGGGCUAUGAGCUUGGCCUCAAGUCCCUCAUCCCCACGGUGCUCACCAUCAGCAUGCUGGGGUACCCCUUCAUAUCCGCUGACAUGAUUGGAGGGAAUUUUUUCCCCAACAAGACAGAUGGUGCGGUGGAGAUCCCCGACCGGGAGCUGUACAUCCGGUGGCUGGAGCUGUCGGCCUUCAUGCCCUCCAUGCAGUUCUCCAUCCCGCCCUGGCUCUAUGACAAGGAGGUGGUGGAGAUUGCACAGAAGUUCACAGAGCUCCAUGAAUCACUGGUGGCCCCGCUGCUGCUGGAGCUGGCUGGAGAGGUCACUGACACAGGCGACCCCAUCAUCCGUCCCAUCUGGUGGAUCUCACCCCGUGACGAGGCUGCUCACCGGAUCGACUCCCAGUUCCUCAUUGGGGACACUCUCAUGGUGGCCCCCGUCCUGGAGAUGGGCAAGCAGGAGCGUGAUGUCUACCUGCCGGCGGGCAAGUGGCGCAGCUACAAGGGGGAGUUGUUUGAGAAGACGCCGGUGCUGCUGACGGACUAUCCCGUUGACCUGGAUGAAGUCGCCUAUUUUCUCUGGGUUUCCUAACAGGCACCUCCAUCAGCUUUGGGAUAACCAUGCCUUACCUAGAACUUUGUAACAAAUAAUAAUUCUAAUUGCACAGUUUGAGACUGGGGUUGAGUAAGGGAAUUAUAAAGACUUCACUGUCCUUUGGGUAAUUUUUUUUCAUUUAAAUGGGGAUAAUCUUUUUUUUUUUUUUCUGUUUGGUGCAGGUGGGAGACUGUGGUUGUGCUACGGUAGGUAGAGUUUUCUCUGUACAGGUCAGGAAUGAGUUUGUCUGCAGAGAGGUAGUCCAUUUUCAGUUCCCAAGGAUUUCCAGAGGUGGGAUUGGUUAUUGCCAGUGUCUCUGGUCUUGUGGAAGCACCUCGCUCUGGGUGUGGGGGCGAGUGAUAUGGGAGGGUUGCCACAGCACAGCCUGCCUUAAGUUUUAUAAUAUGGCAAAUAUAUUUAAAAGGACUUUUUUUUUUUUUUUAAUAGCAGAAAACAAGAUACUGAGCUAUACAUACACACACAUAUAUUUUUUCCCCCUUUCAUCUUGCGUGGCACUGGACUAACCUGUGCCCCGUGUUUCCACUUUCCCGGGUACCAGGCAGGCCGGGUUACUCCAGUGACGUCCAGGCAUUUUCACUCUAGGGGCUGUGCAUCCCUUUGCUGGGGCAGCUCCAUCCCACCUCCUCGCCCAUUUAACACCCUCUGCAAAGCACUUUGCCUGUGUGUUUUGCCUCGGGUGUCAACAUUGCCUUUCCUAGAGCCGCCGCCGUCCAUACCAGCACGCCCCAUCAGUCUUCUCAAAGCGUUUAUGGCCCCGCAUCGUUACGUGAUUAUCCUACCGAUGUCAUCAUCCCUUUUGGCUUCUGAGGACGGAUGAGCUUUCAGGUUUGUUGCCGGCAGAAGGACGGCCUGGAGCAAAGCUGUUCUCCAGGAGUCCGUGCGGCGCUUUGCCGGGAACAGCCGGUCCCCGCAAGCGGCACGUGUCUGGGGUUGAGGGUGGUGGUUGCUGCUAGCCGGCUGGCCGGUGGGUGGAAAACACCAGCUUUUGCACUGAUGGCUCUGUGCCAGCGGGUGUUCUCGCCGCACCCCCGGAAAUGUUCUCAUCUACCAUGAAAUUAAGCUACUCUCCAUCUCUGCCUCAGGUCGCAGUUAGAGGGGGAUGGUUUUCUUUAGGGUUUUUCUGAAGCAGCCCUCCUCUCUCCCCGGGAGAGGUGGGGGCCUUCCUCGGGCAGCAUUACGUGCUGCUGGAGGUGGGGUUGCUGUUGGAGGCUUCAGGAGGGGAUACAGGAUGACACGGUGCCUGGCAGCCAGGAUGGAGCCGCAAAGAUGCCUCUUUCCCAGCUUCCCCGUUUGGUUUUGUACGGGAAGAUGCAUUUACAGAGAGUCGUGGGCAAUCUCUGCUCCAAGAGGGAGCAAACAGAAGAGAAGUCUGGCAACCCUCUGAGCUGUGCCCUGGGUGGGAGUGUGUUUCAGCCCCUGAAUUUUUAAUAAGCCUCUGCAGAAUUGAGCUGUGUUGGCUGGGAAGGUUUGGGGCACCCUGCCCAGGCUACAGCCAGCCAAGGAGAGCUCAGCAUCCACAGGAUUUCUGUGGAUGUGUCUGGGCUGAGUGUGGGUCUGGCAUGAGUUAGUCACCUGAGGAGAUGGAGCUGUGUUUUGGGUAGGGUUGGGUACCAGCAAGCAUCUUUCUCAAAGCCCGUCUCCUGCUUUUGGUGUUGCAGGAGGCAGAAAAGGAGCUAAACCUGGGGGUUGUGAUGGGGUCCAGGAGUAGGAAAUCAGGUGUUUGGGGAAAAAAAGAAGGGAGGAAGUCCAGUCUGAUGGACACAUUGGAGCAUCCCUUGUGGUAUGAGUCUGCCCUGCAUAGUUUGGUAUUUCAGCCUCAACAGGAAAUGCAAGGGAGCCCUGUAGGUACCUGCCCAGUGGGAGAACAAGCGUGUCACCGAAAGCCCCUUCCUUGUGGCUUUUAGAUACAAAGGACUCGGGUUUGUUCCCUGCCAUUGGUGCAAAUAACAGUUGUGUUACAAGUUACAGACACCCUCUGGCAAGGAGUUGAUCCUGGCGUCCCAGCAUCAGUCAUCAGGGCAUCAUCAGGAUUUGGCCCUUGGACUAGAGUGUGGAGAUGAAGGUGAGGAGCUCCCGGACAUGAGCGACCACAGCCUGCAAGGAGGACAGGGUGCAGAGGGGUCUUCUCCAGUCCCAGAAAUGCGUAAAGGCCAUGCUUUGAGGGGCUCCAGUUCUUUCCUUUAAACGUUUGCUUGUGAAAUAUUCGUUUUCCCUUGGUAUGGGACUUACUGUGUGGAGGAGACAUGCUGCAUGGCUCAGCUGCCAGUGAAGACAAGGGAUUUGGGGCACAAGACUUCAAUGGGAAGGAUCCCAACGUGAGUAAGGGAAGUUGCAUGUCUUCUCCUCCCUGUCUCUGCCGUGCCACUUGCCUGCAUUCCUCACUAGUAAUCAGUGAGGCUAUGUGAAGAGAAACCCCGAAUUGCCAUUAGUAUCCCUUUGUUAUGAAGAUGGUGGGAGCAGCCAGAUGAGUGCCUUCAAUCUCCUUCCAGUGGCUUUGGGCUCUGUCAGAAAGGCCACAGAGGAAAUUCCCCAUUAGACACACUGUCCUCCUUUCCCUCCCCUCAAAAGAAAGGAUUUUAUUAUCAAAGUUUUUAUUUUCUUUUUAUUUAACUAUAUGAAUGAAUGGAUAAGAUUAUAGACUGCCCUUAUUUUUAUAAAUGCUGUAGUUAGGGCAUAAGUGGCUGUGGCUAUUCAGUGCUCCAGCUAGGAGAAACACAAAGCUGUUGGGAGGACAUAAGGGGUGAUGUUGAAGAGCAGGUCCAUGUGGGCAGCUCUCUCUGGGUGCAUGGCACAAAGAUUUCCCCAUGUGUUGGAGACAGGCUCAGCAGUGCUGCCUCAAGACAUCUCAAAGGCUUCUAGGUGCCCUUUCCGUCCAACUUUUUACCAAAAAAACCACUGUUUCUAACACUAUGCUGUAGCCCUGCAGGACUCGAGGACCUCACAGACCCCAAGUCCUCUGUGCACAGGCAUCUUGGGAGCUGCUUGCCAGGGAGAUUUCUCCAAUUUAUACUAUGAGUCACUGGCCAAAACAGAGUUUAGUUUGACUCAGCCAAGGAAAAGCCCCAAAAGAGGUUUUGGGGUUGGGUUUAGCCUUUUCCACCCCAGCCCAUGGUGGAUGGUGGCUGAUAAGGUCAACAUGAUGUCCGUGUGAUUGAAUUUUGAAGCUUGCACUGUCAUGUGUCGGGUUUUCUGGAUGCUUGUGUUUGUACAUGCUGUCUUACGUCAGACUGUAAUGCUGGUGGGUUUCUUUUUAACCACUUUUCUAAUUCUUAAUUGUUAUGAAAACAGAACUGUAACGUGAAUCUCCUUGAUUGAUAAAAAACUUUGGAAAACAAAA